AUGGUCAAGACACCGACACGUGCGCGAAGCGGAAGUCUGGCGACGGCCAGCACGCCGCGCUUAGUGAAGUUCGGCCGAGUCGGCGAUCGUGAUCAUGGAAGUGGGGUUGGCGAUGAUGGAAGUGAAGAUGAAGUGGAGAUGAAGGGCCCAGCGCCGAUGCUGGAGGAUGAAUACGUCGACGAGGUAACGGUUUUCUUCAGUAAGCCGGAUGCUCUGCGCCCGAUUGCUUGCCGGCUUGAUGCAGAACUCGGCGAAGUCACUCCGGCCGAGGUUCUGGCGCCCGACGAGCUGCCGAUCACAGGAAAUCGACCGCCGGUGAACGGAGAUACUCCGAAUGCGUACAAGAUACUGGGACAAGUCGGCCGCUUAAUGGUCUCUACGAGCGCGUGGGGGGGGGGGGUGAUGUUCGCGCCGAUGGAAGUCGGCGGUGCCAAGUGGGUGACGCUCGAGAGAGAGCUGGUGUCUCCGAUCUACAGCUCCAGCUUGGUCCAACUCAGCGAGCAGACCAAGCGUCUGCUGGUGGCGAUGGGCUUCGAGGGUACCAGCGUCCCGUCGAAGGUGGCUCUGGAAGUCUGGGAGCUCGCUGAGUCUGGUUCCGCUGCCGACUACGCCGCGAAAAGCCUCCGCAGGUACCAGAUUCAGACGCCGGACACCAAGCAAGUCUUCAGCAAGACGCCUGACUCGCCGUACUUCGCGGACUCGCACAUGGUGACGCCGAGAAGAACAUUGAAGGUGGACGACGACGUCGAUGACACGGGCCACGACUUCGCUGACCCGUGGGAAGACCUGACGGUGCAGAUCCGACGAUCUUACCGGCGCGAAGACGAAGACGGAGCUCAGCGAGUUAAGCUGACACACCACAUCUCGCUGAUCAAGUUGACGAAGUUCUCCGGGUCUCGAAACCGCAGUGAGCGAUCGCUGCGGUGGCUCAAAAUGUUCAUCUACGAGAUGGAGGGAAUCAACACCCCGCGAGACCACUGGUGCGAGCCGUUCCAACUCCUAAUGGAGAGCGGAGCCAGCAACUGGGUUCGCCAACUCCCGAAAAAGACGCGCAACAAGUGGUCCCUGCUGUGCGAGGCGUUCAUGGCGUACUACUGCUCGCAGCAUGACCAAUCUGCCGAAGACCGAUAUUACACCGCCACGCGGGACGAGGGGGGGGGCGCAUCUGCGACUACCUGCUGCGCCUGA